GGCGCUCACCGGGGCUACUAUUUAUGAAGUCCCCGGGGAGCACAGUAGUGAAAAGGCGGAUGCUUUGGCUGCCAAGCUCCGCUCGGAGCUAGACUGUGAAGAGGUGAAGAUCCCCAGACCCGUGAAGAUGACUGAGCUCCGUCUGUCGGGUCUGGAUGACCUCACAGACUCUAAGGCCGUGGCGGAGGCUAUGGCCAGAGUAGGAGGAUGUGGAGCCUGGAAGGUACAGGUUGGUGUUAUUAGGCGGCCGCGUGGGGGGCUCGGAUCAGUAUGGAUCAGAUGCCCCUCGGCGGCAGCCAAGAAACUUGCGGAGGCGGCGCGUGUCCAGAUUGGCUGGGUGAUGGCCAGAGUAGAAGCACUGAGGGCCAGGCCUGCCCAGUGUUUCAAAUGUCUUAGGGCUGGACACACAAUUGGCACCUGCAACUCCCCGGUAAACCGGGGUGGCAGGUGCUACAGAUGUGGUGACGAGGGGCACGUCGCUAGCCUCUGCGAGAAGGAGUUUAAAUGUCCUUUGUGCGCCGACAUGGGCAGGCCGGAGGGACAUCGUUAUGGAGGACCGGCAUGUAAUCCCCCUCCUGAGAAGAAGGAGGGUAGCAAGAAGCGCGUCGAAGCUGCAAACUCUUGCAGCUCUGAUGCUGCAUCAGCAGGAAACAUAGAUACAGAGGAGGGCCCAGCACCGGGCGUAAUGCGAGCAGGAAGUAGCCAGGAGGAGGCGAUGGACACGGCUCAUUAAUGGACUGUC